AUGAAAGCCGGAGGGUCGUGGACAACAAUGGAAGAUGUUUUAUUGUGUGAGUGUUGGGUCCAAGUUGGUCACGAUCAUGGGCAAUGUGAGAUGAAGUUUUCUCAUAUGUGGAGAAAAAGGUCGGGUUUUGCUCGUACGGAAAUGACCUUGGCUAGUAGGUGGAAAUUUUUGAAUAAAGAGUUGGGGAAAUGGAGAGAGCAAAAGCAAGGGAUAACGUUCGAAGCAGCGAAAAUCUUGGCAACGAGAUUAUGCAAGCACAAUGUGGUUCGAUGCCAUUGGCCAAGGCAAAAAAUCUUUCAACAAUCACAAAUGUUGGGAGAGACUCCGUUCCACGAUUCAACGACAUCAGAUUCGCCGUUGGAGUCCCCCGAUGAAUCAAGACUUACUAAUCCAAAGGGAGCCAAGGCCUAUUGGGAGAAAGGUGAUAAAGGCCAAGAGAGGGAGUAA